AUGUCGACUAACCAGCCGCCCCAAACCGCCUCCCUCUCCUCCUCCGCCGUGCUCUCUGCUCCAUCCGACCCGGAGUCCACUAAUCCUAAUACAACAAGCUCUCCAUCCACGGACUCAGCACCAUUAAUCCUUUAUAAUCCUCCUACAUUUGUGUCUAUUAUCCGGUCGGCAGCUAUCAAUCUUUUCCUACCUUUUGUAAACGGCUUGAUGUUGGGUUUCGGUGAGCUAUUUGCUCAUGAGAUUGCCUUCAGGCUUGGCUGGAGCGGAACUAAUGUGUUUCCUCUUGCUCGGAGAUCCCGGUCACAUAUCGCCGCUCCAGGUGUUGAGGUUGUUGAGAACUCAUUCGAGAAACGGAGGAGAGGGGGCGCGGACCUACGGGACCUGACAAGUUUAGAGUGA